UAUUUUUUUCUGUGGCAUUAGUAGUUUUGGUAUGUUUUUUUGGAAGGAGUAGUUUUGGUAUCUUAAUUAACUUUGCAAUAAUGCAUUUAGCAUAGUUGCAGUGACUGAAUAAUAAUGCAAGUAAGAUAAAUCCAAAGAUUAGUAAAUCUGGUGGGGUCCCGCAAAUAACGGGCAGAGGCGCCAAGAUAAGCGUCUACAUUCCGCAACGUCACUUCACUUCUUCUCUUUACUCUUUGCUCUCUUUGCCCUUUUCGUACUCUGCUCCUCUUAAAUGAAGUCCUCCCGCAGGCACCGGUUUUCCUCUUCCGCCGCCGCCACCACUGUUGUUUAUACUUUUCAGAAUGACAGCUCUGCCCCUGAGCUCGACGGCAUCCCAAUCGCCUCCGCCCGGCCGACCUCGCAACCAAUCCCGAUAACCGUUCACCUCCCUGCUCAUCCCCAAUUCUUAGAAUCCUCCGCGGCUGCUAAGAUACAGGCGGCCUACAGAUCUCACGUGGUCCGCGCUCUUGUCAGGAAGAUCUCCGCCGUCAAUUCUGAAGCCAAUCACUGGCAGAAACUCAUCCAACGCCAGGAGACAGUUGAUGCUGUUCGUACGAGUGCGGUGGAGAAGAUCAAGAUCAACGAGGCAUUGAUGGGCCUGUUAUUCAGGCUGGAUGCAGUGCCUGGUCUUGAUCCUAAUGUAAGAGAGCUGAGGAGGCAUGUGAGUCGCAAGAUUGUGGGGUUGCAGGAGAUACUGGAUGCAGUUUCAGAUACUCGAGUUGAGCAGUGGGACGGAUAUUUGAGGGAUUGGGACGAGAUUGUUGCAGGGCUUGAAGAGGAGGCUUGCAAAGACAUAGGCGGUGGCACAGAAAUGGAGAGGUUCUGUGCUGAGAGUUUGGGUUUCCAGUGCCUGCAAAGAUUUCUCCGCGACCAGUAACCUUAAUUAGGUACUCAUACAUACUAUACUAUACAUCUAAACUAAAUAAGCUUAAUAAUAUUUCUAAAUUGUUUGCCCGUCUCAAAAUAGGAUAUGGAAGAAAAGAGGUAACGAAGCUCACAUUUCAUAUGUUCUACUGCAACUGAUGUGUGAUUCUCAUAAUUUAUGGUUGUCACGUGUACAUGUUAUGAAGAAAAAAUGUAUUCAUAGAGUGAUACAAGAUUGAAAUGCUUUUGUAAAUAGAGAAUCCAUAUGCUAAGUUAGAGGUCUUGAAAAGCCACUGGGUUAUAUAUCAAACUUGUAGCUAAUGGAAUUUGUUUCUUAUUCGUUCCUGUUGGCCGCUCAUCAUGAGUCUCGGUGAAUUGACUCGACUCACUAUGGAAUAUGCAUUUUUAUUUGUUUGA